AUGACAACGCCGGAGAUGUCGCAGUCAACAACCAGUGAAUCCACUGUCGCCUCAAAGCCCAUAGCUGUAGGCGUUGUCGGAAGUGCGACAGUUGGGCACACGACGAUGUCAACAUCGAGCACCUCACAUUUGACUACGUCCCUCCCACCAGCUUCAACCACCGCGGCUGAAAUGCCAGCUAAAGCCUCUACUCAAUCGUCGACGGUAAACACACCAGCAGUCGCGGAAGUGGCCGGCGUCGUGACGAGGGAGACAGUGUCAACUCAUUCAACUUUGACGCAGACGCCCUCAAUGACUCAACAGACGGAAUUAACCCCUACAACCAUACCUUCUACCGCGACGGCAUUCACUAGAACUGCCAGAGAAACCACCUGGUCAUCUAUGAUGCGAGGGGACAGCUCUGUCCCCAGUGGAAGCACACUGCCUGCAACUCCACAUUCCACCAAUCCCAAACUCACGGAAGCAGCUGGAAAUGUUGCUGAGACUGCCAAACUAUCCACCUCUGCUUCAACACCUGGCGUUAAAGGGGCUGCUGGAACCUUACCGACAGAUCGCUCUACGGCAACAGAAACUGCCUCACCUGAUGCCCAGAAGAUGACAGUCGGGCGUCAGAUUCGCAGUGCAUCCACAACACCAACCAUAUCAACCACUGACGUCAGCUUGUCCACCCCAGGUUCUAAGGAACCCGAGUCUAGUCAAAUCACUACGUCUACUCAGACGAAAUCUGGUGCAACAACCGCAGCACACCACCUCGCCACACAGACAGACAAACAUCUUCUUACUCCUGCGUCCCUACCAUCCCAUGGUUCCAGUCCUGCCGAAAUCGGUCUCCCCAAUACCGUCUCGCCUGCUCCACUUGCUCGGACCACGGUGUCGCAGCAAACCACUCAGGCAGCUGGUCCGGCAGCCGGCCUCUGGGAAGAUGGACACACCACUAAAGAAGGACAUCAUGGCACUUUAAUUACCACUCCGAUGUCCGUCAAGAACACACCUCCUGAAGGCAGUUCUGUUGGAACAAACAGACUAAGUACAGCCACUCCGACAAUAAGGGGCGCUGCGGGAAGACCAGUAGAGGGCCCUCAAAUAUCGUCCUCAAGCAUACCUCAUGGCACCUCAGGCAAAAAUACAAUCACCACUUCAACCACUAAACAACCUGAAGCCCAGACAACGUCGACAUUGCGUAGCGUAGGCACCUCACCUCGGGAGACGACAGCGCACCCUGUGCAGACUCCGGUUGUCUCGAGCAUGGCCACAGAGUCAAAGGCACUUGCAAAGAAUAAGGUGAUUGCAAGUGUGGCUGGAAUAUUCGAGGCGGGCGCACCAUCCACUGAAAGUCCCAGCAAUUCUCCUACAGUCGCAACAACCAUCAAACCUCCCCAUGCUUCGUCAGUUACAAGAAGGAGACCACGUCUGGACGACGUCGACGACCACGAUGACGACGAUAAAGACGACUACGAUGACGAUGUCAAUGAACCAGAUGACGAUGAUUAUCGUCCUACCACCUCCUUGCUAUGGGCGAGCGUGUUUGAUUGA